UCGGGGUGCUCCUGGGGAGGGUGGCGGGAUCCCCUCCCCACACGCUCCUUCUUCCCCCCAGUGCCCCCCUCGGUGCGGGUGACGCGCCGUGUGGCCUCGGCAGCGACCACUCUGCGGUGUCAGGCUCUGAGCUUCUACCCCCCCGACGUCACCAUGACGUGGCUGAAGGACCGGCAGCCCCUGGACGCCAAGGAUGCGGAGCCCAGGGACCUGCUGCCCAACGGGGACGGGACCUACCAGGCCCGGGUGGCCCUGGCCGUGCCCUCCGGGGAGGAGCGGAGAUAUGCCUGCCAGGUGCAGCACCCCGGCCUGGAGCAACCCCUCGCUGCCGCCUGGGGUACGGACCAGCCCGGGCGAGGACACCCAUCGAGAAUGGGACAGAGGGUCCACAUGGCAGGAGGGG